AAAGUAACGUGUUUCAUUUCAUAAAAAGUUUUUUGAUGAUGCAUCCGAGUUCGAAAUUAAAACCGAUAGCUUAUAACCAUGCCAAUGAGAAAGAAGAAAGUAUUCCAUAGGAAAAAAAAACAAAAUUAUGAUAAAGCAGGAGUUGAAAGACUCUUAUCACCAUUUGGCAAAUUUAUGUAUAAAUCAGUACGCGAAAGAAAAAAGUUAAAUUUAAUGGCGGACCGAAAUAUUAAUUUACCCAAAGGAUUGUCUUCUAAAGAAAAGAGUUACAUAAUAUGUAGUUGUCAAAGCAAAUCCACCAGAUACAGAAAACUAAAAAACAAAGCAGCGGAGGCUAUAAAACAAAAGAAAAUAUUUUCUAUAUACGGGAAUUGCAACGCUGUGCGAGAAGCCUUAUUGGCUAGAAGUUGGGUGGAAAAAAUUCCAUCUAAUCGAAUGAAUUUAUCUAAAAUACGAAAUGGAAGUUUUUCAAGUAAAACUAAAAUACAGAGCGAGCUUGAGAGAUUACUUUUGUCCAAUUUAGUAGAAAAACAUAAUCCAAAUUUUAUUUGGCGCACAAGAGAUGAACGACGUUGUUCUUCCUCUAUUAUUAUGAAAGACUGUAAUACAAUGAUUAACAAAUUGGAAAUAGAUGCCAUAUGGACAUCGAAACAAGGAUUGUGCUCCUCAUUGAAGAGAAAUUAUUGGUUUCAUAUUGAAGACGUGGCAGAGGUUAUCGGUCCACGUACUUAUAAUACUUGUGACAGUGGUGAAAUAGAAGGUUUUGUUAAAGAUUAUAAAAUUACGACUUGUACGAGCUUGUUAAAAUGGAUAUUAUCUAUGGCUGCUAAUGAACGACCUGUUUUUGUUGCUUCUGGUAAAAUUUCUAUGAACGUAAUUGUUUUUGCUUUAAAUCGAUGUAAAGAGUAUAUUUUUCGUAAACAGAACAAAGAUAUUGAUCAAUCUAUAGCAUCUGUAAGUGCUGGGCAGUGGCAUUCUUUCUUAAAAAAAUACUACAGCAUUAUAGCAAAAGAAGAAGUUUUUCAAAUGGACAAAGAAAAUAAGUUGUCCUUAUAUUUAAGCUAUGCUAAGUUUUUGCUCAAAGAAAUAUAUAGGUACCGUCCACAAUUGACCUGCGAAGGUUGUCACAAUAUUUGGAUAAUAAAACCAGCCUAUUGUUCAAGAGGCAGAGGUAUACGAAUGGCCUCAAAAUUAGGAGUAAUUAUGAACUUGUUGAAUAAAGCGAACGCAAAAUACGUAAUCCAAAAAUAUAUUGAAGAACCGUUACUCAUACACGAAACAAAAUUCGACAUUAGACAAUACUAUCUUGUAACGAGCACAUAUCCUUUAAUUAUUUGGAUGUACACCGAAUGUUAUUUGAAGUUUAGCUCUCAAAAAUAUAGCUUGAGAAACUACCAUGAAUCUAUCCAUCUGACUAACAAUGCUGUCCAAAGAAAUUACACAAAUUGCAAACAACGUAAUAAAGAAUUACCUACAAAUAAUAUGUGGGACUUGGACAAAUAUAAAUGCUACUUGGCCAAAAUCGGCAAAGAUGAUGUUUGGCAAAAUGUUAUUUAUCCAGGAAUGAAGAAGUCGAUUAUAGGCAUAAUGUUAAGCUGUCAAGAUUCAUUAUCAGUGAGCAAAAACCGUUUUGAACUAUACGGCUGUGACUUUAUUUUAGAUAAAGAAUACAACCCUUGGCUAAUAGAAAUCAAUUCUUGUCCUGAUUUACGUAAUACUACUCAAGUUACAGCUAAAAUCUGUCCUGCAGUAGUAUCAGAUAUAAUAAAAGUUGUAAUUGACUAUGCAAAAAACCCAAAAGCUUCAACUGGAAAAUUCGAAUGCAUUUAUCGACAACCUAUAUCAUUACCACGGUACAGAAGUGCAGCAGAAUUGGUAGCGCGUGGUUAUUCUCUUCCACUAGACUAUUUUUACAGAGGAAAAAUAGAAAUUCAAAAAUCAUACGACUGUCCAAAUAUUACAAAAGAAAAUGACAUUAAAAAGGUGUUAAAAAGGAUAAAGCAAUUUUAUGAUGAAGACGAGAUAAUGAAACAACCACAAGAAGAUGAUGUUUUAUUAAAUAAAAUAGAAGAAAAAACUUAUAAAUCUAUAUCUGAACUCGAAAAGAAAACAGAUGUAACAGACAUUAUAAACGGACAACUCGAAGAAUUAAGUGAUAGAAUUACAUCAGAAAACAGUUCUAACUCCAAAUGUCUUGUAAAAAUGAAAUUAACUCAACCUUCAAAACAGUAUUCAAAUAAAAUUCAGCUUGUUUCUAGCGUAACAAACAUUAAAUCUUCAUUGAGAAAAUCAAUUAGUCCUUUGGGAUCGAAUCAUGGUAUUAACAAUAAUUUCAAUUUUAGUAGACUAGAUGAUGGACCAGCAGGAAAGGGGAGUAUUGUAGAACUAGGUAAAAUUGAAAACUUACUUAAUUACUCCUAUGCUACUAAAUUUGGAGAAAUAUAUCAACACGAAAACUAUAACAUUUCAAACUUUUCCAAAGAUGUGUUAAAUGCCACUACAAAAAUUUUAUCUUUUAUUAAUGACAAAGAAAAAGAAUAUACUUAUUGUUAAAUAUGAAUAAAUUAAAUGACUUGGUUUGUUUUUUAAUUAACAUAAA